AUGAGUACAGGUGGAGCAUUUGGAGGAAACAGAGGAUUGAGACCUAUCCCACCAGAGAAGGGCAUUUUCCCUUUAGAUCACUUACACGAAUGUGAUUCGGAGAAGAAAGAAUAUCUUGUAUGUCUCAAGUCUUCAUCUAACAAAUCUGAGCAAUGCAGACAUCUCUCCAAGAAAUAUCUCCAGUGUCGAAUGGCCAAGAACUUGAUGGCAAAGCAGGAUAUGUCUGAACUUGGAUUCAGUGGUGUUAAAGAACUGGAUUCCACUGAAGAUCAGAAUAAAGAGAGUAUCCAACAUUGA